UCAGAAUCUGCAAACUAAAAUUCCCAAACCCAUCAAAAACCACUGUUCAACGCCUUAUUUCAACCUUUCAUAUUCCCUUACUCAUCUCAAACUUAUCAUAACCUCUAAAAAGCGUUUCCUUCGCCACUCUCUCACGACUCCUUGGAUCCCACUCACUCUUUUAUUAUUUGUACUUCCCAUCACUACGACCACCAUGUUCAACUUAAGAACUUCACGGCUGUACACAUAGAUUUCCUCUCCGCCAACGAGGCUUCUCAUGUGUCUUCGUGUAAUAACAAAAUAAAUAAACACAGAAACACAAAACUCCCUCAGUCCCUCGUCAAUAACACACAGAAAUCUCCUCCCUCCCUACGAACCCUAACUCAACUUCCCUGAGCCUACGUCGGCGCUACUUAUUCCGUUCUCCGACAGCGACGUCGACGCGGUGCUCCUCUGCUUCCUCUCUUCCGUCGGAUUUCUGGUUACCUUCUCCUGUGUUGUGCGUGGUUGGAAGUUGCUGCUGCUGCACGAAGCUCGCGUUCUGCCUGCAUCCUCCGUCAUCGCUGCCGCCGCCAGCCCCGUCACUUGCAUCAUUUUCCCUGUUUUUCCUCUUCGAGAAAUAAGCGGACAAGUUAACAUUUCUUUCCUAUGAACAUCCUUUUUUUUUUCACUAUUCGCACCCACACCAUCUUCUUUCAACAAGAAAUUAUAGCUGUUGCUGUUUCUGAUCUUUCAGCAAUUUUCCGUGUAAGAUAAUAUGUCAGCACAACCUGGCAUCGUGUUCUUGGAGGAAUGGCUAAAGAGGAAAUGUAUCAAUCCUGAUAAAUUUGUCACUAGAAAGUCUAAUUCCUCAUCUGCCAGAGCCAUCAUUCAGGCAUGGGCUGAGCUCCGUGGCUCCCUUCAAAAUUCAUCAUUUAGUCAAUGUCAUCUGCAAUCUCUUAGAACCCUUGUUGAUUCUCAAACCUCUCUCCAUGUUGCUGACCCCCAAGCAAGACUUGUCCUUGGCAUUCUUUCAUCUUCGAACAUUUCUCUUCCAUAUGAAUCAUAUCCUCUUUUCUUUAGGCUUCUUUACAUAUGGGUACGAAAGGCUUCCAAGCCAACUGCUGCUAUAAUUGAUUCUGCAAUGGAUGUCCUCUCUAACCUCUUCUCUUCUCAAUUUGAUUCUGGAAACUGUCAUGCUUUCUUCUCUGAAAGUGUUCUCCUGUUGGGUUCCUUUUCUUUUGCAUCUUCGGCAUUUGAGAGUACAAAAACAUUCUGUCUGGAUUUACUCUCUAGAGUGUUUGUGGAGAAACGUCAGGUACUUGGUUCAUUCACAGAACUUUUGCCUGAUGUUUUAGCUGGAGUUGGUUAUGCUUUAUCAUCUUCUGUGACUGUUCAUUAUGUUACAAUAUUGGAUUCAUUGUUUGAAAUUUGGGGAACGAAAGAUGGGCCUCACGGUAAUAUUUCUCAUGGACUAAUGAUUCUGUAUUUGACUGAUUGGGUUAUGUCAAACUUGAUCAAUUUCCAGCUUUUGAAUAAAGUGCAUAUUUUUCUCCAAGAAACUUUUGGAACCUCUAAGGAAAACUACACUCCGUUUGUUGUUUUCAUGGCUGCGGCUGGAGUUUUGAGAGCUGCAAAUAGGUCUACAUCAAGUGGUGUGAAAUUGGACAUUGUGUCUCGAAUCAGAACUUGUGCAGUUGUUUGUAUGGAAGCUUUAGUUAGUGAUUUGGUUUUCCAGGCAUUGAGAUUCAAAGAGUUGAGAAAUGAUUCUAAAAACAGGCUUUUGCUUCAGUGUGUCUCGUUAGGAUUGGUUCGAACUGGCUCUUUUUCGAGCAAUUCCUCUUUCUUUGUUUGUCUUGCUUUGGCAUUGUUAACUGAAAUGUUUCCAUUGCCCCAGUUGUAUGAAUCAGUGUUUAGUUCAGGCAGACUGAAGCUGAAUGAAGUCAAAGAACAUGUAGAUAGUAUCCUCUUCAAGGAAGCAGGAGUAAUAACUGGGAUUUUCUGCAAUCAAUAUCUUUCAGCCGACGAAGAAAAUAAGAAUAUAGUGGAAAACUUUUUAUGGCAAUAUUGUCAGGAUGUUUACUUUGGAUAUAGGCAAGUAGCUUUGCUUCUUAAAGGCAAGGCAAAUGAGCUUCUUGAGGUUUUGGAAAAAAUUGCUGAAUCUGCUUUCCUUAUGGUUGUAGUCUUUGCAUUAGCUGUAACAAAGCAUAAGUUGAACUCCAAAUUUUCUCAAGAAAUGCAAAUGGAAGUUUCAUUGAAGAUACUAAUAUCAUUUUCUUGCAUGGAAUAUUUUCGCCAUGUCCGCCUGCCAGAGUAUAUGGAAACUAUUCGUAAAGUAGUUGCAACUGUAAAUAAGAAUGAGUAUGCUUGUACAUGUUUUGUGAAUUCCAUGCCUUCGUAUUCUGACUUGACAAAUGGCCCAGACCAGAAAUCCAAUUAUUUAUGGUCGAAGGAUGAAGUCCAAACAGCUCGAGUUUUAUUUUACCUGCGAGUCAUCCCAACUUUUAUCGAGUGUUUGCCCAGCCUUGCAUUCAAAAAUAUGAUAGCUCCAACGGUGUUCUUAUACUUGGAGCACCCAAAUGGAAAAGUAGCCCAAGCCUCUCAUUCUUUGUUUGCGGCAUUUAUGUCUAUGGGAAAGGAAUCUGAAGAGAAUGAUAUAGCAUCAUUCAAGGAGCAACUUGUUUUCCAUUACAUACAAAGAUCUUUAUUGGGAUAUCCGGGAAUUACUCCUUUUGAGGGUAUGGCUUCUGGGGUUGUAGGGCUGGUCCAACAUGUUCCUGCUGGAAGCCCUGCCACUUAUUAUUGCAUUCAGAGUCUUGUUGACAAAGCCAAUCAACUAUGUUUUGAAGCCAAUGUUUCGGAGGCUGAUGCAUGGAAGAGGCAGCAAGGAGAGCCAGAACCAAGCAAGAAAUUAUUGGGCUUGAUCCUGCGCCUAGUUUUUCUUGUUGAUAUACAAGUCUUGCCCAAGUUGAUGCAACUGUUGGCCCAACUUGUUACCAAGUUGCCACAAGAUGCACAAGAUGCGGUUCUUAAUGAGUUAUAUUCUCAAGUGGCAAAUUCUGAUGAUGUCAUUCGCAAACCCACAUUGGUUUCAUGGCUCCAGUCCUUGUCUUAUCUUUGCGCAAUGGGUACACAUCAAAAUGCAGCUUCCAAAGAGAGUGAAAGUGAAGAGAAUCCAACUUUGGCACGUGUUGCAGACCCAUCGAGCCGUGUUAGACUAACUGCACAACUUUAAGAGAUUUAGGACCAGUCUUUUAUGUUUUCUUAUACCUUGUACUAUAUACCCUGUUCUCUACUUACUGGUCCCCUCUCCCCUUAAUAAAAUAUCCAUCUCUCUUGGUAGUCUUGACAUAUAAUUAGUGCAUCUUGUUGCUGCAAUGCUGCUGCUUAUGUAGAGCAAAGUUUUCAACAUCUAAAUUUAUUUCUCAUUACCCAACGUGGCGCACUUUCUAAUUGGGUCGAUCAUAUUGUUCUUGAUGUCAAAAAUCAAAAUAGUACAUAAAUAAAGUGGACCCCGUCUUU